AAACAACAAGUCAGCUGCUAGGAAGCUGAAGGUGUUUAUCCCUAAAUUAGCUCGAUGGCUAAAGUCGUCAGUCUUUAGGGUGUUAUUCACACGGUUGGAGUUGUUCCUGGAGAAAGUUGAACUGCUGCUAUCUAGAAAUCUGUUACAAGCUGUAACGAUGAAGUCUAUGUUUCUUAUCGAAGCUUUCACUGUGGCUUGUUUUGUGCUUUUAAGCCAAGUGACAGCGAAGAAUUCUGAGGACAUCCGUUGUAAAUGCAUCUGUCCGCCCUACAGAGAGGUCAAGGGGCAAAUCUACAAACAAAAUGUCUCUCUCAAAGACUGUAACUGUCUUCAUGUAGUUGAACCCAUGCCGGUUGACGGAAAGGAUGUGGAGGCAUACUGUUUACGCUGCGAGUGUAAAUAUGAAGAGAGGAGCUCAGGGACAAUUAAGGUUACCAUCAUAAUGUACCUCUCCAUUUUGGGGCUGCUGCUGCUCUACAUGGUGUACCUGACUCUCCUAGAGCCCAUCCUGAAGAGGCGUCUGUUUGGACAUUCGCAACUGAUCCAAAGUGAUGAUGAUGUAGGGGACCAGCAGCCUUUUGCCAACGCUCACAAUGUCCUGUCCCAUUCCCACUCCCGACCCAACAUGCUGAACAAAGUGGAGCAUGCCCAGCAGCGCUGGAGGAGGCAGGUCCAGGAACAGAGGAAGUCCGUGUUCGACCGCCAUGUUGUUCUCAGUUAAAGCUUCCUGCGAUCAAGAGUUACUGGUGAAGAGAAAGAAACACUGUGACAGAGCCCUCAAUUUGUAUUUCUUUCUCCUUCUCAUUUGUGGUUUGUAUCUCAUCAAGUGUGACAUUUCCAAACUGAACUUGGUGAAGAAAUUUGGAUAUAUAGAGGAAAAAGUCCCAGUCAAAUGUAUAAUCGAAGCUUGGAACUCUUAUUUUGUCUGCAGGCAGCACAAGAGAUUACAGUGAAUUUAUUGAUGCACAAUUUUAAAUGAAUUGUCUUAAAAAGCAUUUUUCCAAAACCAGAAUUUACUCUCUGCCUGCCAUCUAGUUUGCAGAGGUGCCAAGCCACAGAGAAUUUGCAUAAACAAAUGUGAUGUUGGACACUAAUAGAAUAAAAAUAACGUGUUAUACCAUCCUGUAACUCUUUCUGGCCACAGUGUCAGCUGGAGUCCCAUCAGUCCAAAGCGGACCAGUCUUUAAGAUCUUUACAAGCCAAACUGGCUUCAGAGUAAACCAUCCCGCUGUAACUGGAGCUGCCCCUUGCUGCAGUAAUGAUCUUUUAACAUGUAGCUUUCACCCCAAAACUAACACAACAUAAACUACUGCUCUCACUGCAAGGGAACGGAAAGAGUGUAAAAUAUAAAUGUAUCAGCCUUCUUUGAAAAUGCAUGUUUUAUAAUGAAUCUUUUAUAAAUGUGUUUUUGAAUCCUUCAUUCCUACCAUAAUGUCUGAUAGCUGCUGUGAAAUCCAUAAUUUAAUGCAUUACAUAACAUUUGAAAUUUAAAGUAGUGUCACUGAAAUCCUUUGCAAAAUUCGAUGCAAUCUCUUGCUGAUGUCAUGGUUCUUAUAGCUGUGCUAUUGACCCUCGUCUAUCGAAGACCCUCUUUAAACCAGUGCCCUCUUCGACUACCCUUACACAUAUAAUUGAUAGUCUUUUUUUUGGUACUUCUGUGUUGCUCUGACAUCAGCUCGAUAAUGAAGGUCCGUGUUGUCUAUCAGGCAGCAUUAGUAUGACUGAGUACAAAGAUUUGUUUGUGUAUAGUUGGGCUGUGUACAGACCUAUGAAAGUGUUCUUAACUAUUGUGUUUGUUUUACCUUUAACUCUGAAAUAAAUCAAUGUAAUAUUUGUGAA